AUGGCAAGAAAUGAAGAGAAACAACAAGGGAGGCUCAAUAGACUUUGGCUUCAGAAAGAACGAGAAGAGGGACGACUCAAAGAUGUGCGAGAAACAAGACCCAAGCUGUAUACUCUUCACACUGCUGCGUCAGUGAAGAAGUGGAUUCCUAGCAUUAAAAAUGAAAUCGAGUAUUACUUGCAGCAGUCCCAGUUGCCUCACUAUCCAGAGCGGAAGAUUGCAGAGUUCCAGCUUAAAAUUGAAGCUUUGGAAAAAGAAUAUAAAAGUUUUAUUACAAAACUGCGUGUCCUUGACCCGUCGUGUAAACACCAGCCCUGGACGCCUCGAGCUUACUGUAAAAGGCGAGCAGAUCAGCCGGAUUCACACAAUUCUGUAAAAAAGCCACACGCAGCACUUUCUGAAGGGAUCCAGGAUUUUAACGAAGACGGCAGCGGGGGACAAGCAGAGACAUGUUGUAUGAGAAAUCAAAAGACAUCUUUAACCAAGACACUUCUGAAUUACACAGAAACCAGGAUUUUAAACCCUUCUAGUUUAGACAACCCAGAGCAGGAUUUACCUCUGAUGUUUGAUGAAUCACGGCUUGCAGUGGCCGUGGCUGCAUUUAGAGGAUCUUCUGCAGCUUUGGAGUUGACUAAAACAAACGAUCUUGCCAGAGUUUUGCAAUCGGGGCUGCCAAAUUUAGGCAAUUCAGUCAUAGCUCAGGCCAACCACCAAGAGCUCAUGGACAAAACUCAAAGACUGAUAGAAUCAACAAUGUCAACAAAUGAGUGCACAUCCUCUGCUCCUGAAGAAGAAGCAAAAAGUUCCUCACUGCAGCAAGUACCAGGGGGUCCUCUGAGCGUAGGAGGGACGACCGACCGAGGGCAUCUCCUGGGACUGGACUGUUACUCCUCGUCAGAUGAUGAUGGAGGUGAUUCACUAUGA